AUGAGUAAAUGGUAUAAGUCUACAGGCACCUUCCAAAGCCCUCCACUGAAGGAUCCACUGAGACUCAACAGCUUCCCAGCAGUUACUAUACAUGAGAAACGAGACAUACUAGUCUGUAAUCUUCUCCAAAACUCGGCUGAGGCAGGAGAUAUACCUCUGGACUCCCCAGCAGUCCCUACCACUAGUCUCUACUUCCUAGAUAUAACAAUGGCACAGGUGGAGGAGUCAGUACUUCAGGUAGGAAACACAGCCCCUGGCUCAGACGAAAUCCCAACCUGCAUACUCAAAGUAGCAUGGCCUCUGAUCAAGGACAAGGUACUAAUACCAAUCACUCUUCUAUCAGUUCUUGGCAAAGGACUUGAGUGCUUAGUGGUACAGAAUAUGGCAUGGAUCUCUAUAUACUACAAAGUAUUAGCAAGGCAACAGUUUAGGGCUCUCCCACUAAGAUCUGCAAAUGAUCUAACCACAUGCCUAACACAUGAUGUUGAACAAGCACUAAAUCAAGGCAUGACUGCCUUACUCCUUACCCUAGAUGUUAAGGGCGCUUUUGAUGCCGUGCUUCCCGGCAGACUCAUCCAUAGAUUAUAUGAGCAGGGCUGGCCCACUAAUCUUAUUCUCUGGAUUGCCUCCUUUGCUACUGGGCGAUCAGUCCAGAUCCGACUCAAUGGAGAGAUUGGCCCCUCAACAGACAUUGCCUGCGGUCUUCCACAAGGAUCCCCAGUAUCUGGCAUUCUUUUCAUGCUCUACAUAGCGCCCCUAUUCCGUCUAGGAAACCCAAGGAACAGAUUUGGUUACGUAGACGACGCAGCUAACCUGGCAAUCUCAACAUCUCUUGCUACUAACUGCAAAGCAUUAUCAGACUCACUAUAA